UCCAUUGCGACUUUGUUGUUUUCAGUGGUACGAUUCGAGAGUGUUGAUGAAGAUGGAGAUGGUAAAGUAACGUUCAAUGAACUUGAGCACUGGCAUAAAGCGAGAGCGAAUACCAUAAACGAUCAGAAACUGAGACAACUGUUCGCAGAGAACGAUAAGAACAGAGAUUCAGCGUUGAGUAUUGCUGAAUUCGUGCAAGUUGCAGUUGAACUGGGUCGACAACCAAUCAGUCAAACAGAACUUAUUUUUAGGAAAAUUGAUUUGAACGGUGAUGGAAUAAUAACACUCGAAGAGUCACAAAGAACUGGCGAUCCAAUAAUGAGCAGAAUAAUGGAAGGUGUUUUUGAAAUAGCCGAUAUUGAUCAUGAUGGACUUAUCACUUUGAAGGAAUUGGCGACGAUUAUUGAAAACGAGAAUAAACCAAAAUCGAAGGAAGUGAAAAACAAGGAAAACGCUCAACGACUUCUAGCUUUAAUUGAUGCGAAUUCCGAUGAAAGGCUCGUUGUCAGUGAGGUUCAUGCCUUCGCAAAUAUCAACUCAAAGGUUUCUGAGCAACACGUAAAAGAAGCAUUUGGUCAUUUAGAUCAAAACCGAGAUGGUUUCAUAACGUUGGAUGAACUAAGUCAGUUUCCAGACAAGAUGGCUGAACUGGUACAUUUCAAAGAAGCACCAGCAGUGAAUGAUAAUUAA